AUGGUAAAAAACACUACAUACGCUUUGGAUGACAGGAUAGAGGAGAUGGAUCCAAGAUAUAAAAAGAUAGUUGGCAAUUUGGCUGCUAACUUGGCAGCAGCGACUCUGAAGUUGAAAUCGAGGUACUUCCAUCGUAUUGGUGUUAGUGGGGGAUACUUGAAACUCUACGAUGAUAUUCAAGGAUUGCCAGAGCACAACAUCUUCAGCCCUGGAAAGAAGUAUACAGUCAUUAUCCGCCACAGCAAUGGAGUGAGUGCUGAUGACGACGCAAGGUUAGAUGUACGAGGAGCAGCACUAAGGAUACUCACGGAUGAAAAGGAGGAUGAUUCUCCACUUCUCGACUUGACGUUGAAGACAGGGAAGGCAUCUGCUGCCCGCACAAUCUCCGAUUUCGCAACCUGGAUGGUGUGCGGGCUUGCCGCAAGGGAGGAGCGCGUCAGGGAGCCGCACUUGCGCGAUGCAGCGUGGUCCUCCCUCCGUCAAGCUGACUCCUAUGCAGAUCUGCAUUACUACUCAAAUGUCUGUAGGCUCUUCCGCUUUAAGGACGGACAGGAAAUGUAUGUGAAGUUCAAGUUGAGGCCCUUCGACAAAAAUAUCAGAGAAGAUAGUGGUAAGGUGGAACCCUUUGGGAUCCUUCCGCCCGAAACUAUUGCGAUACCGAGGGAUGCUAAUGACACCCGCCCGUUACUUUUCCUAGCUGAAGAUUUCCAGAACCGUGUGAAGUCUGCGAACGGGGUCCGUUACAUAUUCCAGCUUCAAGUCAGGCCGAUUCCACAGGAUGAAGCGGCACAGGAAAUUGCUCUCGAUUGCACAAAACCUUGGGAUGAAUUGCAGUUUCCCUACAUUGAUGUCGGCGAGGUCAUUAUCAAUGAAAAUCUCACAAAAGAAGGCUCGGAAAGGCUAGAAUUUAAGCCAUUCCUCCGAUGUCAUGAGGUGGAUGUAAUCCGGGCCACGUCAAGUAGUCAGAGCGCAUCAAUCGAUCAUGGGCGUUCACUCGUCUACGAGAUCUGCCAACGCCUGAGAAAUGGAGAUCCUCUUCCUGGGGCAUGGAGGAUCUUCCUGGAGCAGUCGGACGUGAAGGUCGACCUCUCCGGGUGUCCAAUGGCAGCUGCACUCGAGAGAAAAGACGCCGAGAAAGUGACCCUUUUGAGGCCUUGGUACUUAACCACAUGGAUCGUAGUGGGAGAGAGAGGGUUCGUCGGGAGCAGGGCAGUGGCCAUGCCCGGAGUGGCGGUGGAGAGCGAGGGGAGCUUGAGCGCUCUCUCACUCGCCAUGAAGGGAGAGGUCAUUAGAUCAAGAUGA